ACUUGGCAAGUAACCUUACAAUGCCUGCUAUGGUUACAGGCAGACUUGCAGCUUCCAAAUAUGUGAGCAACUUAUGUGUCGUGAAGACAAGUGGACCAAGCCAUCAAAAACGCUUCUUGCAGGUGAAAGCCAAAAUUGUGAACAGCGAAUCGCAUGGUAAGCGAUUUUUGCAUGCAUCAGUAUAUGGAGCAGAUGAACCCCACUUACUGGGCAACUUGGAUGUUUGGAAAUCAAAAGGUGAUUGGAGUUCUCUCAUCAUAUGUCCGCCGCGUGACCGCAAUAACAAAGAUCAAGAAAAACAUCUGUUACUCUCAGGAACACCAAACCUUGCUUUUAAAGUGCAGGUAGACAGUUCUGUUGAGGAAAUAGUGCUCAAUAAACCACUGACUUUCGAUUUAGGUCAAUAUGAAUCAAUCAAAGUAUUUCAGUUCAUCCCAACAAAAGACAUCUCAGAUAUGCAGCUUGACGUCACUGUCACUUCUGAAUCUGACUUACCAACUUACCUAAAAGUAUCACGUGACUGUAAGGAUGUUAAUGAGAACAUUGACGUUGUUGACUAUAAGGGAAAGUCGAUUCGCUUAUCUUUUGCCAAAAAGGGACGGAUUACUUUGUCAAGAGUUUCUAUUCCACCAUUGACUGAUUCUACCUCAAGCUGGUUUAUUGGAAUUGCAAUCAAGUAUGCGAAACGUGGGACGCGAUAUAAGGCGACUAAGACUGUGACAUUGACUUUGAAAAGAUCAUUUGAUUAUUCCUACUUUUGGCCUAUAUCUCUUUUGGUCGUGUUGUCAGUAGUCCUAGGUGCCGCGGUGGCGUGCUGCGGUAUUCUCUGCUUUCUGAUAGAUUCCAAUGGAACUCAUCAUUCUUCGCCGAGUAGUACUGAAGGAAACGGAAGAGCGAAUGAUAGAUCGAACUCAAUGGAAAUGAGCCCAGUACAAGCAACGACACCCAUACAACCUGAUGAAAAAACACCUUUAAUUUCGACCUCGAAAAGAACCUCAGAAGUUGUGUCGAACUGGUUCAAACGUGGUCCCAAAACAUACUCAUACAUAGCUGGUAUUGUUGGCUUUGUGUUCGUGAUUGUUGCAGGCCAGUUUGUUUUCGCCGACUGGCAUCUGAUGAUACAAGAAGGAGACAGAGACACUUGUUAUUACAAUGACUUUUGUUACAGGGUCAGCAAGUAUGAUGAUAUUCCAUUCAAUUUAAUGAUUAGUAACUUAACAUAUAUGAUUCAUGGCCUAAUUCUAGCUAUCUCUGUGAUGUAUAUGGAGGCAAAACUAUUUUCUCGUUAUAGAAAUAGUAAUGAUCUCCCACCACAGUAUGCGUUUUCCAUGGGUUAUGCUUUUGCCUGGGCUUUAUUUUUUGAGGGUUGUUUUUCCCUUGUUUAUCAUCUCUGUCCAAGCAAGCUGACGUUUCAGUUUGAUACAGGGUUUAUGUUCGUCAUUGCAGGAUUGAUCAUUGUUUUGUUGUACAAUGGGAUCGAGAGAAAAAAGGAAUUAGUUGGCGUAGCCAAUUUCUUCCUUUACUUCCUAGUACCACUGUACAUGUUUAACUACUUAGGCACACUGAGUCAUUCAGAAACUGCGUUGGUUAACGCUCCGGCUUUUUUUACUUUUGCUGCAAUUUGGUGGAUUCUCAUUACCUGCUGGACGGGUUGGAAAGUGUUCCCAGAUUUUAUUCCUAUACCUAGCAAUGGGUUACGCAGUCAUUUAUGUAGGUACUUAAAAGAAGAAACAGUUAAGUGUCUUUUGUUUGGUUUUGGCUUUGUUUUACCAGUCAUUUUAUAUUGGGUUUUUUCAAGCAAUAUUCCUGAAACUUUCUUGUUUACCUGUAUUGCAGAAGACAUUCUUGCUAUUAUAGGCUAUGUUUGUUGCAACUGGAAAGAAAUCAAAUGGGCAAAAUGGGCAGUCAGUAAGUGCAAAGUUGUUAUUCAAGGUCUUUAUAUCUUGUUCAUGAUUAUUUUGUGGUUUUUCGCUGCUUUGUCUUUUCUCGGAUACGCAACAACAGAUAAAUCGCUUACUCCUGAAAGAUCAAGAGAUUAUAACCAAGAGUGCAUAUUUCUUAAUUUUUUUGACGCCCAUGACGUCUGGCACAUUUUAUCGUCCCAUGCUCUUCUCAUGACAGUGUAUUUUGUCAUGUUUAUGAGUCGAUUAAACUGUCACGACCCAAUAUCAGGAAAUAGCAUCUAA